CACACAAACAAAAAAAAUUUGACAGUUCAUUUGUUAAGAAAUUCCUCGAUUUCCUUAUUAGAUCAGUCUGUUGAAUUUUAUUUAGAAAAUUGUUAAAAUACACUUAUUUUAGUGAAAAAGCAACUACAGCAUAGUAUUUUCUGUGAAUAAAGAGGUGAAACCCCUUAAAAAGAGUUGUUUUCGUGAAAACCGAGUACAAAUAUGGAAGAUAUAUUUCAUUGGUGCCGUGAGGGCAACUCGAUCCAAGUGCGCCUUUGGCUGGAAGAUACAGGCAAUGACAUGAAUUUGGGAGACGAUCACGGCUUCAGCCCGCUGCAUUGGUGUGCCAAGGAAGGUCAUACUAAGCUGGUAGAGACGCUGAUACAACGAGGCGCACGUGUAAAUGCCACCAAUAUGGGUGAUGAUAUUCCCCUACAUCUUGCCGCCGCACAUGGACAUCGUGAUAUUGUGCAACUACUCAUACGCGAGCGCUCUGACGUGAAUGCCGUCAAUGAACAUGGUAAUACUCCGCUGCACUAUGCUUGCUUUUGGGGUUACGACAUGAUUUGCGAAGAUCUCGUAAAUGCAGGUGCUUUAGUUUCAAUUGCCAACAAGGAUAAUGAUACGCCAUUGGAUAAAGCCAAGCCAGGACUGGCAAAGCGUCUGCACGAUUUAGCCGAGCGUAGUGGUCACGAUAUUAAGAAAAUAAGCUUUAAGGAGCAAAGCUGGUUGGGCACUAAGACUCGUUCACGUGACGCUACUUUGUCGCGUUUUAAGGGUAUCAAUUUGGGUGAGCUAGACUUACAUACAAAAAUUGCUGUUACUCCAUCAGGCGAGACAUGGCGUGGUCGCUGGCAAAAGAACGAUGUUAUUGCAAAGAUACUAGCGGUACGUCAUUGUACAGCACGCAUAUCGCGUGAUUUUAAUGAGGAAUUUCCGAAAUUGCGUAUUUUUUCACAUCCCAAUAUCCUGCCAAUUAUCGGCGCUUGCAAUCAGCCACCAAAUCUGAUAACCAUUAGUCAAUUUAUGACCCGGGGUUCUCUCUUUAAUUUACUACAUCGUGCCACUGGCAUUGUAGUGGAUACGGCGCAAGCCGUUCGCUGCGCUGUGGAUAUCGCACGAGGCAUGGCGUAUCUGCAUUCUCUGGAACGCAUAAUACCCACCUAUCAUCUAAAUAGUCAUCAUGUUAUGAUCGACGACGAUUUGACAGCACGUAUUAAUAUGGGCGACGCAAAAUUCUCGUUUCAAGAGAAAGGGCGCAUUUACCAACCAGCUUGGAUGUCACCAGAAGCGCUGCAACGAAAACCGGCCGAAAGAAAUUGGGAGGCGUGCGACAUGUGGAGUUUUGCCAUAAUCUUAUGGGAACUAACAACUCGAGAAGUGCCUUUUGCCGAAUGGUCGCCAAUGGAAUGUGGCAUGAAGAUUGCAUUGGAAGGUCUGCGUGUUAAAAUACCGCCAGGCACUUCACCACACAUGUCUAAGCUGAUAACUAUCUGCAUGAAUGAGGAUGCAGGCAAGCGACCGAAAUUCGAUAUGGUUAUACCGAUUUUAGAUAAGAUGAAACGUUAACGAGUGCAAGCAAAAGAAAAAUGAGCUGUUACAACGUAAAUGAGAACGUUAAUUACGUCAAA